UGACAGUUGGUGGUGACAGCUGGUGGAGUCAGGGUGUGUCGCUCUCCUGGUUCCUUCCACACUUGAAAAAUGGUUUAUAUAUUCUCAGUGGCAACGUUUUUACCAAACUGAGUGUAAAAUAGGUUUCUCAGAAUGAAGUGGAAGUAAGAUUGUGUUAGUGGUGGAAUCAGCUGUGAUUGUCUCUUAUUCGUCAAACUCUGUAUGACUUAGUUUAGUGAAAAUAAUGAGAAUAUACCUUGGAAAUACAUUAUUUUAUUGUAUGAAGAACGAGUAUUAAGAGGCGGGAAAGGUGAAGGCUUUGGAUCCAAGGAAUUUACAGCACAUUUAAGGUCUCUUCUCUCCCUCUUCACAAACAUGAAGAUUUUUAAGGUUCGUGAAUGCUGUUUACCUGGAGUUUACCUGGAGAGAGUUCCGGGGGUCAACGCCCCCGCGGCCCGGUCUGUGACCAGGCCUCCUGGUGGAUCAGAGCCUGAUCAACCAGGCUGUUGCUGCUGGCUGCACGCAAACCAACGUAAUGUUGAUGUUGGCAGUGACAACAUUGGCCGCUGAUGCAUUCAUCUGGCCUGACUGGUUGCUUCAGCCUGCUAUCAGACGCAGACCACAGGGAAUGAGGUCAUCUCAAGGAGGGUCACAGUUCCGUCGACAAGAGCUUCACCACCCAGCCACACACAAAGUAAACAGAAGAGAGCCUCGCCAGAAAGCUACAUACCCAACCAGGCAACAGUCACAGGGCCCAAACUCGGCCACCCUCACCAUGGUUCGUGCUGCUACUAACCUUGGCCUUGGUGAAGACCCUGAGUUCACCCGUCAGCUGUGCAUGACAACGGAUGUGUGCCCAUAUUCAUGGCAGUGGAUAGAAAGCAACAUGCUGAGAGCCAUUGUCAGGUGGUCACUGCUCAGAUAGGUACCUUGGUCUUUAAAAAAAAAUAAAAAAAUUUCUUU